AUGUCCGAGGGCCGACCUUUGGUAAUCCUCGUGGUGGGAAUGGCAGGGACUGGGAAAACGACGCUCGUGCACCGUAUGCAGCACUAUGCGCUGGCAACCGCCAAAAACGCCUACUUUAUUAACUUGGACCCCGCCGUAACAGAAGUUCCGUACCGCGCGAACAUUGACAUUCGGGAUACGGUGAACUACAAGGAGGUGAUGAAGCAGUACCGACUUGGACCGAACGGGGCCAUCAUGACAUCGCUAAACCUUUUCGCAACCAAGUUUCACCAAGUCAUAAGUAUUCUAGAAAAAAAAGAGAAUCUUGAAUGGAUCGUCGUUGACACGCCUGGGCAGAUUGAAGUUUUCACGUGGUCCGCCUCAGGGCAAAUCAUUGCGGAGUCCCUUGCGGCGACGUGGCCGACAGUUCUGCUUUUCGUUGCCGAUACCACGCGCUGCGUGAGUCCACAAACAUUCAUGAGCACAAUGCUUUACUCUUCGAGCAUCAUGCUCAAGCAGCAACUUCCGCUGCUCCUUGCUUUCAACAAGACCGACGUUGUUUCCUCUGAAGCCGCGGUGGCCUGGAUGAAGGACCCCGAUGCGCUGGCCGACGCGGCCAACGCCAGCACCGAUGGCAACUACGCCGGGGGCUUGGUGCAGUCCCUUUCGCUUUUUACGCAUGGCUUCUACGAGGGCCUCCCCUUUGCAAGCGUCUCGGCGGCCUCGGGAAGAGGCAUGGAGGAGCUUGAGGGGGCCUUGCGCGCCGCCGCGGGGCAGUACCUUGCGGAAGCGGGGCCGCGACUCAAGAGGCGCGAAAAGGAGGCCAACGAAGAGAGGGCUGCCGAGGCGGAGAGGAUGCUACGCGAUUACGAGGCCGACCGGGCAGACGAUUAA